CUCGCUCACUGCGAAGAAGCAACGUUAAGGUCCGUGUUCAGACUCUGCACAUCUCUUCAUUCAUCACUGCUGAGACUCACAGCUCAGGCAUUGAAAGACUGAGCUCGGCUCCGAUGGAAGGCAAUCACAGUGGCUCGGCUGGGCCGGCUGUUUACGAGGUCGUGGUGCAGAGCAACUCCACCAACCGCAGCUCCCAGUUUGCAGACGUGGCCCUGCUGCAGACCUUCAAGCCUCUCAUCAUCCCGUGCUACGUGCUAGUGGUGGCGGUGGGCGUCGUCGGGAACUACCUGCUCCUGUACGUCAUCUGCCGAACGCGCAAGAUGCACAACGUCACCAACUUUUUCAUCGGGAACCUGGCCUUCUCUGACAUGCUCAUGUGCGUGACGUGCGUCCCCUUCACGCUCGCCUACGCCUUCAACCCGCACGGGUGGGUUUUUGGCCGCUCCAUGUGCUACCUGGUGUUCCUGAUCCAACCUGUCACCGUGUACGUUUCAGUCUUCACCCUCACUGCCAUUGCUGUUGACAGAUAUUAUGCAACUGUUCACCCUCUGAAGAAGCGGACCACGGUGGCGACCUGUGCCUAUGUCCUCGCUGGAAUCUGGCUGCUGUCUUGCGGCCUGGUGGCUCCGGCUGUGACGCACACCUAUCAUGUGGAGUUCAAGGAGGAAGGCUUCACUAUCUGUGAAGAGUUCUGGUUGGGCCAGGAGAAAGAAAGACGGGCUUACGCGUACAGCACCCUGUUGAUCACCUACGUUCUUCCACUGUCGGCUGUUUUUGUGUCGUACCUCUGCAUCACUGUCAAACUGAAGAAAUGUGUCGCGCCUGGCAACAGGACACAGGACCAGGUGGGCGUCCACCAGGCCCGGAAAAGGAAGAUCUUCCGCCUGGUUGCACUCCUGGUCUCCGCCUUCGCCGUCUGCUGGCUUCCUAUUCACGUGUUCAACGUGCUCAGAGACAUUGACAUCCACCUGAUAAACAAGCGCUACUUUUUGCUCAUCCAGCUGCUGUGCCACCUGUGUGCCAUGAGCUCGUCUUGUUGCAACCCUUUCCUCUAUGCAUGGCUGCACGACCGCUUCCGCUCCGAGCUAAGAAAGAUGCUCCACUGCCAUCAUCGCAUCGGGAUUCCAGCCAGUCACUGUGCUGCAGGCGUGGUUUUAUAAUCAUCCCUCUUCUUUAAUUAGAGCAACUUCCUUGUUCAUUUUCUGCAGAUGAAAGCGUUGGCCACAACAUUCAUUACUGUAAACUAUGUAAUCCAGCCAUCAGUCAUGCUGUGUAAAAACACACACACAAAAAAAUAGAUCUGUGUUCUGGUGAUGAGGGCUGAUGCCCCUGCAGGAACUGACCUACAUUUGGACAAGUUCAUAAACAAAAUAUGUGGUUUUCACAGCAGGAAGUUGGUCUAGACAUUUCUU